UUGUAAUGGGAAGUGGCUGCUGGGCAGGGUUUUGUUAGCAGUGCCUGAAACUAUGGGGCUAGGCUAUAGGUAUUUUGUGAGCUUAGUACUGCUCUGGUCCCUGGGGACAGCACUUGAGCAGGGGGACUUCCUUGGGGUCAGUUUCUCUGUCUUGCAGCGUGGGUAUGAGUAUGACUGUGGAGAUUAUGGGAUGCAGCUGCUGGUCUUUCCCAGCCCAGGCCGCACUGUCCGCUUCAAAGUUGUGGAUGAGUUCGGGACAGCCUUUGAGGUUACUAACUGCUCCAUCUGCCUCCACUGGGUCACAUCUAACCAGGAAGGGGCUGUGAUCUUCUCAGCAGGCUACAAUGGCUGUCAUGUGCUGAAGAAGGAUGGCCGUAACCACCUGCGGGUCCGUGUAGAAGAACUGCUGAGCACCAGGGCUGUCGCUGCCACCCGUGACGUGAACAUGACCUGCCCCAAGCCCACUGAACAUGACUUAACCAUGCGCUACGUGCCUCAGCCGCAGCCGGGCCUGGUGCGCCCGGUGCCUCAGCCGCAGCCGGGCCUGGUGCGCCCGGUGCCUCAGCCGCAGCCGGGCCUGGUGCGCCCGGUGCCUCAGCCGCAGCCGGGCCUGGUGCGCCCGGUGCCUCAGCCGCAGCCGGGCCUGGUGCGCCCGGUGCCUCAGCCGCAGCCGGGCCUGGUGCGCCCGGUGCCUCAGCCGCAGCCGGGCCUGGUGCGCCCGGUGCCUCAGCCGCAGCCGGGCCUGGUGCGCCCGGUGCCUCAGCCGCAGCCGGGCCUGGUGCGCCCGGUGCCUCAGCCGCAGCCGGGCCUGGUGCGCCCGGUGCCUCAGCCGCAGCCGGGCCUGGUGCGCCCGGUGCCUCAGCCGCAGCCGGGCCUGGUGCGCCCGGUGCCUCAGCCGCAGCCGGGCCUGGUGCGCCCGGUGCCUCAGCCGCAGCCGGGCCUGGUGCGCCCGGUGCCUCAGCCGCAGCCGGGCCUGGUGCGCCCGGUGCCUCAGCCGCAGCCGGGCCUGGUGCGCCCGGUGCCUCAGCCGCAGCCGGGCCUGGUGCGCCCGGUGCCCCAGCCGCAGCCGGGCCUGGUGCGCCCGGUGCCCCAGCCGCAGCCGGGCCUGGUGCGCCCGGUGCCCCAGCCGCAGCCGGGCCUGGUGCGCCCGGUGCCCCAGCCGCAGCCGGGCCUGGUGCGCCCGGUGCCCCAGCCGCAGCCGGGCCUGGUGCGCCCGGUGCCCCACAUCUAUCCUCCUCCAAGCAGCAUAGGUGCCCAUCUCACACAGGAGCAGUGCCGUGUGGUGGCUGGGAAGAUCCCCUGUGCAGACACCCCAGGCCAAGCUGCUUGCAUCCAGGCUGGCUGCUGUUAUGAUGAGACUGACCCUACUACCCCCUGCUACUAUGGCAACACAGCCACUGUUCAGUGCCUUGUGGAUGGUCACUUCAUUCUGGUGGUCUCCAGGGACAUGUCUGAUCACCCCAUCAUCCUGGACAAUAUACGGCUAGCCUAUGCCCAAACAGGAUGUGAUCCCAUCAGAAUGACAGAGGCUUUUGUGAUCUUCCGCUUCCCUCUCAUGCAGUGUGGCACCACGGUCCAGGUGAUCCAUGACAAACUGAUCUAUGAGAACCAGCUGAUCUCUGGCAUCGACAUCCAGACUGGGCCAGAUGGCUCCAUCACCCGGGACAGCACCUUCAUCCUCCAUGCUCGCUGCAUCUACAAUGCCAGUGACUUCCUGCCAGUCCAGGUGGAGGUCUUCUUGCCCCCCACACCUGGUCCAGUCACCCAGGCAGGACUCCUCCGGCUUGAGCUACGCAUUGCCACAGAUGUGAGCUACGCAUCCUAUCUCACAGAGAGAGACUAUCCUGUGGUGAAGGUACUCAGGGACCCUGUCUACAUGGAGGUUCGCAUCCUGCAGAGAACAGACCCAUCCCUGGUUCUGGUUCUGCACCAGUGUUGGGCUACCCCAAGCACUAACCCCCUGCAGCAGCCACAGUGGCCCAUCCUGGUGGACGGGUGCCCAUUCCUGGGAGACAACUACAGAACCCAGCUUGUGCCCAUGGUCACUGCCUCAUCUGAGCUGCCCUUCUCAACUCACCACCAGCGCUUCAUCCUCUCCACCUUUGCCUUUGUGGACUCUGCCUCCCAGGUGGUGCUUGAUGGACAGGUGUACAUUUACUGUAGUGCCUCUGCUUGCUACCCCUCCCAGCUAGAGCCCUGCAGGACCACAUGCCCAUCAGCUGCUACCACAAGAGGCCGCCGGUUCCUGGAUAUCAACAAUGGGACAGAGCCCCAGGACCUGGUGAGUUCUCAUGGCCCCGUGAUCUUCCAGGAGAGCCCUGAGCCAUGGAGAGGACAAGUCUAUGAGAAAAAGGACCCUGUCUCCAGACUCAACCUGACCCUGGUGCUUCUGGCCAUGCUCUCACUGGUGGUUAUGGUUUCCCUCAUUACUGUGACACUCUUCCAUAGGAGAAGCAGCUGGAUGACAAGGUCCCAAAUAUUGCAUGGCAGAUAAUUGUAAAAUAAGGGUGGGGAAAAAAUAAAAUCUCUGG